UCUCCCCUUCCUCUCUCCUCCACUCCCUCUCCGUCUCCCCCCUCCACAACCCCUCCUCCGCCUCCAUCCUCGCCGAUAUGCUCCUCCUCGAGCUCUCCAAGUCGUCCCGCACCGACUCAGCUCUUGAAUCCUUUCACCGCUCCUGUGAUUACGGGUAUAAACUCUCCUCUCUUUCUUGCAACCCUCUUCUCAAUUUGCUAAUCAAAGAUGGCCGCAUUGAGGAUGCGGAGAGAGUUUUCAAGGUUAUGAUUCGCAGGAAGUUCGCUCCCAAUUUGACCACUUUCAACACUUUAAUCAAUGGGGUAUGUAAGGCUGGGAAGCUAAGGAGAGCUGUGGAUCUUGUUGAGGAUAUGAAGGCUUGGGGUGUCUCGCCAUCUGUGGUCACUUAUAAUACUCUUGUUGAUGGGUACUGCAAGAUGGGUGGGGCUGCAAGGAUGUAUAAGGCUGACAUGGUGUUGAAGGAGAUGGUGAAGGCCGAGGUGUGGAUGAAUGUGGUUACUUUCAAUACUUUGAUUGAUGGGUAUUGCAAGGAUGGGAAUUGUUCUGCGGCGAUGAGGAUUUUUCAGGAGAUGAGGAAGCAGAAGGUUUUGCCAAAUGUGAUUAGUUAUAAUUCCUUGAUCAAUGGGCUCUGUGGUAAUUGUAAAGUGGAAGAGGCGCUACAGUUGGUUAAAGAGAUGGAGAUUGAUGGUGUGGUGCCUAAUGUGAUCACCUAUAAUGCCAUUGUUAACGGAUUCUGCAAGAAGGGGAUGUUGGUUGAGGCAAAGAGAAUAUUUGGUGAAAUGCCGGAAAGGAAUUUGGUUCGGAAUGAGGUGACAUAUAACACGUUGAUUGAUGGGUUCUGUCGAUUUGGUAAGAUGGAGGAUGCAAUGGAGUUGAAGAAAUUAAUGGUGGAUGAUGGGAUUUGUGCUAAUAUUUCAACUUAUAAUUGUUUGAUACUUGGAUUUUGUAGGAACAAGGAUAUGAAUGGUGCUAAGAGGAUUUUGGAUGAAAUGGGAGAGAAGGGAGUCAAAGCUGAUUUUCUGACUUACAAUGUUUUGAUAAAUGCAUUAUGCAAGGAUGGUGAGGUGAUGAAGGCAGUCAAACUCUUGGAUGAGAUGAUAGAAAUAGGUGUGAGGCCUACCCAUGUCACUUACAAUACCCUAAUAGAUGGAUUCUGUCAGAAAGAUAAUUUAAGGGCAGCGUUCAAUAUGAGAGCGAGGAUGGAAAAGGAGAGGAAGCAGGCAAAUGUUGUGACAUAUAAUGUACUCGUCAAGUGUUUAUGCAGGAAAGGCAAGUUGGAGGAAGCGAAUUCACUUUUAAAUGAGAUGUUGGAGAGAGGUUUGGUCCCAAACAGGAUCACCUAUAAUAUAAUUAAGGAGGAGAUGAUGGAGAGAGGUUAUAUACCUAAUAUAGAUGGCCAUCUUUGCGAUACUGCUUCUGUCACCUAACUAGGAGAUUAUAGUGUUUGUGAUUCAGAUUCCUAUGUGGCGUUCAGAAGCAAUGAUGGUGGGCAUAUGACCUUUCAGAUAGAUGAGCAUUGACUUGGAGUCAGAGUUAUGACAUAGCUUCGUGGUAUGUUUUUAUUCUGACCUUUUAUGGAAUUGAAAAACUAUAUAUUGUGAAGCUAUUUAUGCUUGGAAGCAUGAUUCGCAUUUCGCGCUGCAAAUGAUCCAAAGGACAAUCUACUUUGGAAUGAGUGAGACUGGUUUGUAGACAAUAUAACCUAUGAAGCAAAAGUUUAUUAGGGCAGCACUCCAAGAACCUGCAGUUUGCCUGUAUCUUAAUAUCUUAUGCUUUUGGAAACUAAAAAGACCUUCAAAGACUUUUUUUGGUGAGGAUGAACCAUGUGGUUUGUGAAACUAAAAGAAGAUUAUGAAUUUGAGGAAUCGCCAAUGGCACUUCGAGUUCCACUGCUAAGUGUAUAUCGUCAUUUAAGUGAUUUAAUAUUUCAGAUUAGUAAGUGUGUUGGACUCAGUGGAAAGUUGGCACUCUCGAGAAUUGCUGACAUGUGUUCAAGAUACAGAAUGAAUAUGACUGAGGAACUGAAUUGAAGGACAAAACAAUAUCAAGUCUGAACAUCUAAAAUUUACCAAAGUUCUGAAGCUUUUCCCAUCAAAUGCGUAGAGACUGCUGAUAGAAGUGAGUCUUUGAAUCAUUCAAAGGAAUUAAGCUCACAUGGUCUGUUAUCUUGGAUCACCAAAACCCCAGAUUGUUGCAAAAGUGACUUUUCACCAACUGAUAAAGGUCAAAUGAUAUCAGAAGUGUCAAUUCUCUCUCUGCUGAGAGGGAUUAUAGCCAGAUUGCUGUAUUUGAUAAGGAUAACCAAACUCUGACCCAGAAGAUUCUUGAUUACAAUGAUUUUGUGAAACAGGGUAUCCACUGAAUGUGUGCCCAAAUCUAGCACAGAUUUUCAUGAGAAACUCCUCUCAUCUUCUGCACCAGCAAAGCUCCGAACACUGCAGGUGUACCCAUGUAUUGCUUCAACUGUGAGUGUUGUCCAAAGGUAACAAAGGACUCUCGAAAGAUUGAAGGUUGUUAAGCUUACCAUCAGUGUGAUAAUUUUUGUGUUUCUAAGUCAUCUUUCUUAAUUUGCUGUUGUCUUGUUGUUAUGAGCUUUAUAGAUUAGCCAUCAACUACUAAUAUUGUGUAGGUGAUUCUUUCUGAAAAUGUCUUUGUUGAACUUGUUUAUUUGAUAAUAUGGUGCUUAAAAUAUUGAACUGUGAUCGUCUGCUUUUUGCAUUUAGCUCUCUGCUUUUUAAAUUGCAUUUUUCUUGGCAUUUUUUUUUUGUUUUUUAUUUUUGGUUUUUUUUAGACAAUAAUAUUUUAAACUUAUAAUCAACUCUACAAGCUAGUUGUUUUGAUUAUUCUAUUAAAACCAUAGAGUAUAAUGUGCUUUUAUAAGGACUGGUUAAGGAAUGAAUUUAUUCAAAAUAGAUUGGGAGUGAAAGCUAUUAUUGGUAAGUUAAGAGAGACACAAUUAAGAUUGUAUGGGCAUGUCUUUAGACGAAUGUUAGAUGGCUCAUAAGAAAAGUGGGAACUCUUCAAGUAGAGGAUCAUAGAAAAGGAAAAGGUAGACCUAAAUAGUAUUGAGUGGAAACUUUACAAAAUGUUUUGUCUGAGGUUAUUUUAUUUACUCUUUGGGCCCUUGAUAGAUUAACAUGGAAGUGAAGAGUUUAUGCAUCCGACCCCAAAUAGUUGGGAUUAAUGACUUGUUAUUGUUGUUGUUGUAGUAUAUGUGCUUUUUUUCUCAGAGCUGAUAGUGGUAGGAAUUCUGAGGUCGUAUAUUUCUGCAUGGUAUAUUCAUUAGGUAAUUGAUAGAUGCAGAAGCCUUGGUCAACUAGUACUAAUUAGUUAGUCAUGACACAGUUCCAUGGAUUAAUUUAGCACUUGCAGUAACAUAAAUUUUCUUGGUACUGCUUCUGUUUCCGUACUUUGGUGCUUCUAUUCAUUAAUUGGUUGUUAUAUGCGGAUUAUAACAUACGGCUUUGAUUUGACCUUUCUGAGACGUAAGCGUGUACAUUGAUGUAAGUUGAUGGCUUUUAUGCAUAUUUAGGGUGCUUCGUUUUUGCAUUAGCUUAAACUAGGCUAACAUUUACUUCUUAAUUUCAUGUUUAAUUUGAUGUGCAAUCAUCCAAUUGGAUUAAAUAUGAGUUAAUUUUGAAGUGUUCAAAUCAGUUAAUCUAACUUAAUAGGUCCAAAAGACCUAUGUAGGAGUGUGUUAAAUCUCUUUCAAUUAGUGGAAUCAACUUUUUCUUUUCAAGGAGUACACAGAAUAUAGUAAGAAAAUUUGGACAAGCCAAUUCAGGGGUGUGGAGACAACCUUUGAUUGAGGUGGGGAGUGUAAUACCAUGUCUCCUUUGUGGGGAUAGGUCUAGUCAGAAUAUUUCAUCUUUGAUACUUUGUGCCAAGUCGAUUCAAAGAGCUUAACUAUAAGCCCUUAGAAAGGUUUUAUUGUCUGAUUAAUUGAUAUUUCCCAAGACAAAAUUUAGCCCUCCCAGGCAUAUAAUUAGAUCUGUUUGGCCUUUUUGUUGGAUAAGAUAUGAAUUUAUAGAAUUUAGGAGGAACAAUCCUUAGCGGUUUUCUGAUGUGUUUACUUGGAGAACUAAUUGGUUGAAAUUAAUGCGCUUUGAACUUACGGAUGACACAUGUUAUUCUUCUUAGUAGGGAAUGAACUAACUAUUUACUUGGGAUGCACUAUGCUUUAAAAAAUAAAAAUAAAUCAAGAUGUUUAUCAAUUUAAAAGUUCUUGAUGCUUAAUGUCAAAUGCUUUGUUUCUUUAGUUGUAUGUUUCCUUUGAAUGUUGUUUCUUGCUAUUCUUCUGUGCUCUAUAUUCUUUGGGAAAGACUUAUUUCUUUAUUGGCAAUGGUUGAACUUUACCCUCAUUGUUCAGUUAUUAUAGUAAGCUUGGCACUUUUUGCUGCUCUUGCAUUCCUCUAAACAUUUAAACUGCUUCGGAUAAUGGACCUGAAAUUAAAUAUGUUUCCAUGAUCAAAUUGUCAUCAGACAAACUUUGAAGUGUAUCUAAAUUAUCCUCCUUGUUUGACCAUACGUAAUCUUAUUGUAGUCAUGCUUGUACUAUCCGAAAUGUUAGAUAAGUGCAAUUUCAGUUACCUAAUUUUUUUUUAAAGUUUUUUCUUGCAGAGUGAGAAUUUCCGUUUUGACUGUUGAACUCCAUAGAUGGCUUGAAGGACUUGAGAAAGAUAAGACGACAAUGAUGGACUGCAAGAGUUUAACUCAUGCCUUGAAUGGACUUCAAGGAUAAGGUCUAUGUACAGUACAUGUGCUGCAGUUAUCAUUCCUGAGGUGACAAACUGCAACCAAAGUUGGAAGAAUGGGGUGAUUCUGUCCCUUUUUUUCUAUUGAUAAGUUGUCCAAGGAACUUUUAGAUCAGAUUCAUGACAAGCAAAUAAAUUUUGAUAUGAUGGUCUGUAGUAGGGCUUCAGUUAGAUCAUCAAAGUAUGAUCCUGCAACCAUAUUAGAAAGUGUAAAGAGACUUUCAAAUCAUUCGAGGCGUGACAGCAAUUCUCAAUUGAAAUAUGAAAAUAUGCUUUGCUCAUGGAUUUGUGCUGGCAAAGAUAAUUUGAGCAAAGCUUAUCCAUUGCUCUCUUUUUUGGGGUUACUUGACCAUGCAGGAUAAUUUUGACUCUAGAAAGUAUGU